AUCUCUUGAAAAGGAAAAUCAUUGAAAGUGGACCAGCGACCACGAAGCAGUAAACCACACGUGCUGAGGUCGUUAUCGUAAAAUCCCAUUUUGCUGAGUUCUUAUCCUCAUCCUUCCCUCUCCUUUCUACGUUCUGCAGUAUUCAGUGUAUCUCCAUCAUCACUCACACCUCGUUGACUGAAUCGCGAUGGACAACAAAAAGUCAAAAUGGAGUUGGAGUUCAGCAAUAAUCGGAGCAGCAUCCGCAGUGGCAGCGUCAGCCCUAAUAUCCGCGAAACCCAAGGACCCAACAUUUCACCUCAUUUCCAUAAACUUCACCUCUUUAAAACUCAAUUUCCCUCUCUUAGACGCAGAGGUUCUCCUCACGGUCCACGUCACCAACCCUAAUAUCGCCCCCAUCCACUACUCCUCCACUUCCAUGUCCAUCUUCUACCAAGGUUCUCUUCUCGGCUCGGCUCAGGUUCAAGCCGGCUCCCAGCCGCCCCGCUCCUGCCAGCUCCUCCGCCUCCCCGCACGCCUCCACGCGCUCGAGCUCGCUCACCACGCCACGCGCUUCCUCCACGACGUCGCGCGCCGCGAGAUGUUCCUCGACGCCGCGGUUGAUAUCGCCGGCACCGCCAGGGUCAUGUGGUGGGACCAUAACUUCAAGGUCCACGUGGACAGCCACGUCACCGUCGAUCCCGUGUUUCUCGACGUCAUUGAUCAGGAAAACACCUCCGAGCUUGAAGUAUUCACCGCAGCGGCGUUGGGGAGUGAGCAAUGAGGUGGAUAGAUAUGUUAAGCACUGGGAAGUAGGAAUUACUAAUUGGAAUUGUUGUGUUUUGCAAUGGAAUUCGAGUUUUUAGUUGAUGUUUCAUGCUUUCAAGUUUCAACAAAUAAUCUUCAAACAUGUUAUUAUAUUAUUAUCACUUAAGUCCCUUGACUCGGGACCAAAAUGAUAAAAAAAAAAAGUUAACUUUAAGAAAUUAAACGAAACCUUAAAAAAGUUUUUAUUCUCUCUCUCUCUCUUUUAAUUAUGUUAAUCUAUAGUAUUAUUUUUAAUUGGGAUAACUUUGCAGGUGGUAUUGUGUGAUUAGACUUUUAUAUAUUUUGAUAACUAAAUAGGAAGUUAAAAUGAGAUUUGAGUUCUCACAUGAACUAAAAUCAACUCAUCUCAACUUUUAGAGAAGAUAAAUGAGAUAGCUUGUAUAAAUGUUAAGCUAAUAAAUUAAUUUUUGCUUAUGAAAGAAACUCAAUUAAUUGUAUCUUUUUAUUUUCCUAUUCUUUAAGUAUUUGUGAAGAAAUUUACCCAAACAAACCCUUGACAAGAAAAACUGGAAGCAGAGUAACUAAAGCAAAAUUUUGAGUAGAAGAUGAUUAAAGGUUGAUAGGGGGUGUGGUGGGGGGUGGGGGAAUAGAGCUUGAGAUGAAGGGUAUGUUAGUAUGAUGCGUUUUUUAUGCAGAUUCAAUAUUUUAUAUGCUUCUGAAACCAUUGCUUUUAGUUACUUUUGAAGGGCAUGUUAGUAUGCAUUGUUAAUGUUAACAUGAAAAUAAUAGCUUUUGAAUUUGAUCCAUACGGAUUGCCUUAGGUUCUAUCUGCUAACAUAAGGAUACAAUUAUUUUUCACUGUUGAGCUCUGUUAAUCUUCAAUUUUAGUCUACCUCACUUACCUAGUAAAUAGAUUGUUGUUUAACUUCGAUAUCUUCUUGUACUGUUGAUGAAACUAUAAAAGAAAGUAUACAUCCAUAUUUUUUUGCCAAUUCUCUCAAUUACUGUAGAGAGAGAUGCUAGCUUUUGUUGGUACUGUUUAUCUACAUCAGUAGAGGUUUGUGCUCGAUGAUGGCAAAAGAAGCUGGAGAAGCUUGCUCACAAGGCAUGCCCUUGAAUUUUACUCUUUUGGGUCCUCAACCAGAAGUAAAGCAAAAUGCUGGCUCAGGGGCUUCAGUAACUGAUGCCAAAACAAGUAGUUGAGCACAUACAGGUAUAUCAGCUGACAAAGUUUCAACUGCAAAGAAGCUAGAAGAUUGAACAUUUCAGCAUUGCAUGUUCUCUAUUUUGGUUUUGGUUGUAGCAGUCACACAAAAACAUAUGUAUUGUUGUAUCAGUUACGUUCUUUACGUGCAACUAAUGUGAAAAUCAGAAGUUAGAAUUACAAACUUA